AAUAAAUCAUUCUGAUUCCGAGAACCAAACGGACCCUUACACAAAUAGGGAUUUCCAGUCUCCACCGCGAUACUCUCUCUCUUCCUCACCGAGAACCAAUUUUGAUGUCCUUCUUCCUUAGUUCCUCCUCUCUCUCUCUCUCUCUCUCUCUCCAGUCUCCACCCCAUAACACAAAUCAGGGAUUCCGCUCUUUUUCCAGUUCUUUUGAAUUUACUUUAACUACUUUACUCUAUAAUUUACGUUGCAGAUAAGAAUUAACAACGUAAAUGGAACCUUCGAAGACGUUUCACUAGCUCUGGCUUAUCAGACCUGAUUCGGGGAGGUGAAGGUUUACGGGACGUAUGACUAUCACCGCCAGAAAGACAGUUUUGAAGGGAGCACCGAGUGAACUAAUGCUGCUUAGCGGUCAUUGUUCCAACAAUUUAGCUCUUCAACUUUUGCUUCAAAACUUUGUUCUGUGAGGAUGUAAACUUUCUAGCUUGUUGGCGCAACGUAAAUCCGCCAUGAAAGAACACAGUAGAUGUCAUCCCUUUCCUUUUGUGGCUGCUAUUAAUGCAACCCAUUUAUGAGCUCAUGGAUCCCGCUUGCAUUCUCUCUGUUGGGUCCUUCUCAAACUCAAUGGUUUGUCUCUUCCCGAGAAAAUUUCCGGUGGAAACCACAAUAGGAUCAUUCCAGAAGCUUCGGAAGUUAUUUGUAGCUAUUGGUUGUAGAUUGAAUUCGUCUGCUUUUGGUAAUAGUGUGCUUUGUGGUGCCUUUCAUGAAUCUUCCGAUGAGGAAUUGGGGGGAAAUGUAUUGGAAACGCUAAGCAAGAAAGAGAAUUUAGACUUUCUCCAUUUAAGUGGAGAAUCUAGUAUUCAUGCAGAUUUCAACACCUACCAUUGGCUUUUGGAGGGAUGUUUACGUUCUGGGUCGUUGAUCAAUGCUAAAUGUCUCCAUGGGAAGAUUUUGAAAUUGGGUUUUGAUUGUGAUCCUGUUUUGUGCAGCCAGCUUAUUAGCAUUUACUCAGGUUGUGGCCACUUAGAUGAUGCCAAUGGCAUGCUUGAUAAUCUGUCUCAACAAAGUUUAUCUUCUUGGAAUAUUAUAAUGUCUGGCCUCGUUACAAAGAAAUCAUAUAGUCAUGUCUUGGGUUUGUUUUCACAAAUGAUAGCAAAGAAUGUGAAGCCUGACCAUUUUACUUUUAGCAGUGUUCUUGAGGCAUGUUUUGGUGGCAAUGUUGGUUUCCAUUAUGUUGAACAGAUUCAUGCAAUGAUUAUUCGUUAUGGUUUUGCUACUGAUCAAGUUGUUUGUAAUCCCUUGAUCAACUUGUAUUCAAAGAAUGGGUACAUAGAUUCAGCUUGUUUGAUUUUUGAAGAAUUAUGUUCGCGGGAUAGCAAAUCUUGGGUGGCCAUGAUUUCUGGUUUCUCUCAAAAUUGCCAUGAAGAAGAAGCACUUCUUCUCUUUAACCAAAUGCAACAGUCAGGAAUCACUCUAACCCCAUAUGUGUUCUCAAGUGUCCUAAGUGCCUGUACCAAAGUAGAGGCCUUUGAGCAGGGAGAGCAGCUGCAUGCUCAAGUCUUGAAGAGGGGAUUUUCUUCUGAAAUUUGUGUUUGCAAUGCACUUCUCACUCUUUAUAUUUACCAUGGAGACUUGGUGUCUACUGAAAGGCUUUUUAAUGAAAUGGACUGUAGAGAUAAAGUCACUUAUAACUCAGUUAUCUCAGGGUUUGUUAAGUGUGGAAACAGUGAUAGAGCUAUUCAACUAUUUGAGAACAUGCAGGUUGCUGAAUUUAAACUAGACAUUGUUACCAUUGCAAGCUUAUUGAGUGCUUGCUCUUCUGUUGGGGCUCUCCACAAAGGGAAACAACUCCACUCCUAUGCAAUAAAGUUAGGAGUUUCUACUGAUAUUAGGAUUGAGGGUUCUUUGCUUGACUUCUAUGUUAAAUGCUUUGACAUAGAAACUGCCCAUGAAUUCUUCCUUGCAACAAAGAGAGAAAAUGUGGUUCUAUGGAAUGUGAUGCUUGUAGCUUAUGGGCAGUUGGGAAAUCUAAGAGAGUCCUUAGACAUAUUCUCCCAAAUGCAAAUUAGAGGAAUCAGGCCUAAUGAGUAUACAUACCCGAGUAUCCUGAGAACUUGUACUUCCUUGGGAACUAUCGGUCUUGGAAUGCAGAUUCAUACCCUAAUCAUAAAGACUGGCUUUGAGCUUAAUGCAUACGUUUGUAGUGUUCUUAUAGAUAUGUAUGCCAAAAAUGGAGUUCUAGAGUUAGCUCGACAAAUUCUUGAAAAUCUCACAGAAGAGGAUGUGGUCUCAUGGACGGCCAUGAUUGCUGGCUAUGCACAAAAUGAUUUGUGUAUUGAGGCACUUACACUUUUUGAAGAGAUGCAAAUUCGAGGGAUUCGAUCUGACAACAUAGGAUUAUCCAGUGCUCUCAGUGCAUGUGCUGGAGUUCAAGCACUAAAUCUAGGGCAGCAAAUUCAUGCUCAAUCAUGCGUUUCUGGUUAUUCAAUGGAUCUUUCAAUUGGUAACUCACUUAUUAAUCUUUAUGCUAGAUGUGGUAGAAUACAAGAUGCAUAUUCUGUGUUUGACAUGAUUGAUGCAAAAGACCAGAUUUCAUGGAACGGGUUGAUAUCAGGAUUUGCACAAAGUGGGCACUCUGAGGAAUCUUUGCAGGUGUUUUUUCAGAUGAAUCGAGUAGGUGUAGGAGCAAAUUUAUUCACGUUUGGUUCUGUAGUUAGUGCUUGUGCAAACAUAGCUGAUCUCAAGCAAGGAAAGCAGAUUCAUGCACAGAUUAUAAAAACUGGAUAUGAUUCAGAUACCGAGUCUGGUAAUGUUUUAAUCACAUUAUAUGCCAAAUGUGGAAACAUUUAUGAUGCUUGGAAGAAGUUCCGUGAGAUGCCUGACAGAAACGAGAUUUCAUGGAAUGCCAUGAUCACAGGAUAUUCUCAACAUGGAUGUGGUAUUGAAGCAUUGAAUCUCUUUAAGGAGAUGAAGCAGCAAGGUUUGGUACCUAAUUACAUUACAUUUGUGGGUGUCCUAUCAGCUUGUAGUCAUGUGGGUUUGGUAAGCAAGGGGCUCAGCUACUUCAACUCCAUGACUACGGAGCAUGAUAUAAUUCCAAGAGCAGAACACUAUGCCUGUGUUGUAGAUAUUCUUGGACGUGCUGGCUUGUUGGACCGUGCAAGAGAAUUCAUAGAGGAGAUGCCAAUUGUCCCAGAUGCAAUGGUUUGGAGGACACUUCUUAGUGCCUGCAUGGUGCAUAAGAAUAUUAAAAUUGGGGAGCUUGCAGCACAACAACUUCUAGAAUUGGAACCAGAAGACUCAGCAACUUAUGUCCUCCUGUCAAACAUAUAUGCAGUGGCUAGGAAGUGGGAUUGUCGAGAUCGGAUGAGGCAAAUGAUGAAAGAAAGAGGGGUAAAGAAGGAACCUGGUCGUAGUUGGAUUGAGGCCAACAACUCAAUUCAUGCAUUUUUUGUUGGUGAUCGCUUGCACCCACUAGCAUAUAAGAUCUACGAGUAUUUGGAGGAUUUAAACAAACGGGUAGCUGAAAUUGGCUAUGUGCAAGAUCGCUAUAGCCUUUUACAUGAUAUUGAGCUAGAGGACAAGGAUUCAACGGCAUAUGUUCAUAGUGAAAAGCUUGCUGUCACUUUUGGGCUCAUUAGUUUGUCCCCUGUUAUACCUAUACGUGUAAUUAAGAACCUCCGUGUUUGUAAUGAUUGUCAUAAUUGGAUGAAGUUUGUCUCAAAAGUUUGUAAUCGGGCUGUUGUGGUACGAGAUGCAUACCGCUUUCACCAUUUUGAAGGUGGUCUAUGCUCAUGUAGAGAUUACUGGUAAAUUGAACUGCCAGACUAUUGAGCAUAUACUGUAACAAUAGAUUAUCAUUCUUUU